AUGGCGCCUGGAGAAUCAGAACCCUUGCAGGCGCCCAGCGAUUCUACGCCCAGCGAUUCUGCGCCUGCGACUGCUGCAGCUCCUUCGCCUACUCUGCCUCCUCCUGAGAAGCGGUCGGCUAUCAAACAACGAUCCUAUGUCGUCUUGUCAUUCUGGCUAGUUGUGCUUCUGCUUGGUGUGCCGUUUUGGUGGAAAACAACAGCGAUAUAUCGCGCUGAUUUGCCCUUGGAUAGCAUGCUGAAAUGGGCUGACGGCAAGGCCUGUCGACCGGUGUUUCCCCUCCAGAUCUCAAUACAGGCGGACUCCCUGCAAGAUCAAGAAGCGCAGAAUCUCAUCCGACUGACCCAGCAUGCGUUGGACGAUCUGAACGACUUCUCCGGCCACCAUCUGCGCCUGGAGCUUGCGCCGCGGAACGCGCCCAUUCCGAGAGACGAUUUCCAAACUGCCCUGACGAUUCGACUCAAGCCGGGGACGAGUAGCUCCGCAUCGCUUAACCAGGAGUCUGCCGUACUCGACAUAACCUACCCUCCAAACCAUGUUCCGUCUCUUACGUCGUCAUCAUCGCCCCUUGCGUCCUACAUUACAAACGAGCUUCGCGCCACUUUUGCCGAGGAACAGUCCAUCAUAUCUUACCUUCUCUCUACCUCGUCCAUGUCCACAGGCGUGCGUCCUCAGGGUCUGAGCCCGGAGGCUGCAGAGACACUCUCGAAGAGAACGACUCGAUCACUACGAUACGCUCCCACCUACCAUCUUACUUUCUCUCUCUUCACCGAUAGAGGGUUGCCUAAUACUUGGGAUAUUGAGGCUGCAUUGGACGAGUAUAUCCGGCCGAUGCUAGAAGUCUUGCGUCCAAUACACAAUUUCACCAUCGACACACAAGUUCAGCUAUACGCUGUCCCCGGCGUGCAAUCCCAAGUGCUCAACAAAGAGCAUCUGUCCUCGUUUAUCAAUGCCGCCGAGUGGCCGCUGUCGCCAUCUAUUGGUAAGGCGCCGACAGUCAACUUUGUCAUAUACAUUGGAAAUCAGACGAUUGGAUUGGACGCAGAGACAGAAACUUCGCAGUCAUGGAUGAUUCCCCAAUGGGGCACCGUGUACCUACUAUCUCAGCCAGACACGGAGAGCCACGUAUCUACUGCAACGCUCAAGCAACCAAUGCUGACUUUUGGCGGACAUCUUUUGUCGCUCUUGGGCACACCUCAGUCUGGAUCCCUGCCAUUGAGGCUUUCCACACUCGGUCGCAUCCGAUCUACCGACCUCUUGCUUCGUGCAUCAUCCACGCUAGGGUCGCUUGCACGACUAUCACUCGCGCUGCCUUCCAUUUCGAUCCCCCGGAACGUCGCGGAUGGCGUUUCGAAGACGAUGCAUCACUUGGAACUGGCUUGCGCAGAUCUUGGCGGGCCCGAAGGACUAAAGCAUGCAAGAAUUGCGGAGGAAGAGGCAGAGAGGGCCUUUUUCGAGAAGAGCAUGGUAGGACAGCUGUAUUUCCCAGACGAGCACAAGAUUGCCGUCUAUCUUCCGCUGCUUGGGCCGAUUUUUGUACCGUUGGUCAUGGGACUUAUUAAUGAGACCAAGAGAAUUAUAAAGGAGUUGAAGCAGAAGGCAUUGGAUGCUAAGAAUAAGAAGAAGCACAUCCACGAUGGGGCCGCGCUGGACUGCCGAGUCUAUCACCCAGACUCGUUCUACACAGAGGGCGCCGCGCCUUGGAAGCGCCACGCCGUUGUGUUUGCGCAUCCUUAUGCGCCGAUGGGCGGGAGCUUUGAUGAUCCGUUGAUGGGCAUUGCGGCUGAGCAGCUGCGUCGUAAAGGAUACUUGCUGGGGACAUUCAACUUCAGAGGUGCUGGUCGGUCUGCCGGGAGAACGUCAUGGACGGCAAAGCCGGAAUGCGGCGAUUAUACCAGCUUCGUCGGCUUCAUGGCGCAUUAUCUGCAUCGUCUGGAUCCAUUUGGUCACCGCAUGGCAGAGCCGCCAUCAGAAAAGACCGUGCCGCCCGUCUUGAUGAUGGCGGGCUACUCUUACGGAGCCAUGAUCACUACUCAACUGCCGCCCCUUGACCAGGUCCUUGAGCCUUUCAGCUCUCCGGACUGUGGAUCUCAUGCUGCCCAAAUACGCCUGCGGGCUGAAAGCUGGGCUGAAAGGCAAACCCAAGCGGUGCAGGAGGCUCGCGCCGCCAUGGCACGCGGACAACAGAAAGCCUCCCGCAAGACUUCUCCUACAAGCAGUUCCGAGAAAUCAUCUAGUCCGCCUGUAGCAGCAACACCGGCAAAGGGCAAGCUCUCACCAGUAAGCGGCUUCAUCACGCCCCGGCCGGCCUAUCUCCUCGUGUCUCCACUGCAAGGCCUCGUUACGCAUCUCGCAACCAUGUCGUUGGUCCCGUCGGUGUUUGCAAGGCAGAAGCCACGUCAGGAAGACGACGCGGAGGCUAAGCUGGUGCGGAAUCCCACCCUGGCCGUCUUCGGAGACAAUGACAUCUUUGUGCCCGUUGGCAAGCUGCGUGCUUGGGUGGGACGGCUGAGCUCGCAGCCGGGGUCGCAGUUCCAGGGACACGAGAUUGGAUCGGCAGGGCACUUUUGGGCGGAGGAGGGAGUGCUGGAUGCUAUGCUGGACUUGAUUUGUGAUUUUGCGGGUAAGCUGUACGAUGGCAAUUAG